AAUGGCGUCCAUCAUGGCGACUCAACAAAAGGUGGCUCUCACCGUUCCAGUCUUGGCUAGCAUCUUUCGAGGUUUGAACAAAAUUUCGGAUUCCGUGGAGCCUUUUCGACUUCGAGCAGCUUUUCCAGCCCAUUUCGUCUACGCAUGGAUGGCUUAUUACUUCAAGACCCAUUUUCCACUUGAACGAGACUCUUGCACUCCCAAGAUGGUUCAAUACUCGGGAGAAGAAGGUGCGAGAUUUUAUGACGAUGUGAAAGCUCGCAAGCAAAUUCAUAAAGGCGAUCAAGUUGCAUGGAGUUGCACGAUGUAUAGUUGGGACAAAGACAUCUCUUUCAUUGAUGAUGAGAAUGCAAAGGAGUCCGACUUUUGCUACUUCAUGGCUGUCCGUUCCAACUAUCUAACUCGGAGAUUAGAAGAUGGUUUUGUUGUUGAGCCUUAUAGUCCACAUCGCUUUAGUCGCCAAUUUGGGUUCUACCAAGUGAGGCUGGGUGUUCUUUCUCGCAAUUUUCGAAAAGCUUCUUUGGAAGAUGGUCUUAGAUAUUGGGAUGCAACUGUGCUGCGUAAGUUUGCAUCUAAAGCUCUUCUCCUUUGCGUGCCUUCGACCGUGAAAAAGCUUUUGAGUGCGGAUUACAAAGAUUGGUGGAGUCAAGUGUAUAAACACUCAUUUAAAGAAAACAUGAUACAAGCUCCACCAAAAACAAAUGGUGUUUCGAAGGAUCGAGACGAGGCCGACCAACUUGCCCCUUCCAAGGAAAAACGUAAAGUGGAUGCGGCUCCCUUGGGUGGCGUCAAUAGUAGCAGCGAUGAGCGUCAUUGGAAAAGAAAACGUGUUGAGCCCGUGGAAUUUGUUGAUGAACAUUCUGAAGGUGAUCAUCAUGAUUCGAGCGCCACUGUGACAAAGGUAUUUCUUAACCAUCUAUUUCCCCAUAUGUUAGCAAUCUAUCUUCUUCAUUUUUGA